UAAAGCUAUAUUUCAUAUGUAGGGCAACUCGUCGUGACACGUUAGCUGCAACAAAGUAGCUCAUUAGCAAAUAAAUGCUAAAUAAGCACAGGACAAGCUCGCCUCAACCCGUUAGCUUGAGCCACACUCGCUAAUACUACUCCGUCAAUGACAACCGAGUAGCCGUAGGAGCAGUUCGCCGUGACGCGUUGACUAUUCCUAGUGAAGUGUGACAAGUGACUUAGAAGCACUUACUCAGCUCAAAUCCAGACUGCGUCGGGACUGCAUUCGGCGACGUAUCCUGACGGUAUGCCUGGGAACAGUUAAGCAGCUAACUAAAGAUAGCCUGAAAAUCGCUGAGGGAGCAAAGUGUAGUUUCUCACGGGAAGAAAGCGAGAAUGAGUAGGAGGGGUUGGUUGGCUGUGUAUAUACUGGGUGGGCGGAGCCUGGGCACGGUGCAACCAGCCUGUCAGGGACAGACAUGAUGUCAUUGGAGCUUCCGUAGUUGGUCACGCCAGGGCGAUUCCCCACAGUGAAACACCAAACGAAGUUAGAAAAAGAACCAACAUUCGUCUGCGUGAGCGUGACCGUCAGAAACCAGCGGUUACAAAUGACUUGUAAAUAAAAGACAGUAGAAAUGAUCGUGUCCGGGUCUAGAAGGAAUACAAGCUUCAUCAAAUGGACUGUUUUCUUUAAGCUGUUGAGUCAGACCUGGUGGUUUUCAGGGAGUUGGCUGAUAAUUUAGCCUGUACUCUCCACAGGCACCUGCCCUCCCGCUGAGGAGUUGCUCACCACAAACGGACCUGUUGGUUUAGGGAAGCCCCUGUUCCACCGACCCGGUGCUGCAGGAUCUGGUGUGGCGGUAAUGAGUGAGGAGCAGAUGACCCGCCCUAUCAAGGCCUUCACCGCUGAGUUUGUUCGCCUGAUGCUAAUGGGUCUGCCAAGCCAAGCCAUGGGUAUAGCCCUGUGCAGCACCCUCUCUGCUCUCGGCCUGGAUGUUGUGGCUCAGGUGGAGGCUAAAGACUUCGGUGCAGAGAUCAAGGUCUCUCUAGAUGAGCUUUGUAAGAAUGCAGUAGAGCAGAACCUAACAUCAGGACGAGUCUCUCAGCUGCUGCUGAACAGAGCCACGGUGCUGGCCUCCUCCUACGACACAGCCUGGAAGAAGCUCGACCUGCUGAGGAGGUUGGACAUAAACCUGGAGGCUGCCAAGGCCAGUCUGCAGAGGAGCCAGUUGCAUACUGCUAUGUUUCAGUGGCAGCAUGAGGAUGUCCUGGGCCCCAGUAAUCAGCCGUUAAGUGUCAACGUUCCUCCUCGCUCUGUGAUCCUCAGCAACAUGAAGAAGAAGCUGUACAAGUUGAGUCAGGACGAAGGAGCCAUUAUUGCUGUUCAGGAGAAGCUAGCAUCUCUUGAGGCUAGCAUUGAGCAGCGUCUUAAAUGGGCCGGUGGAGCAAACCCAGCACUGGCGCCCGUCCUGCAGGACUUUGAGAUGACCAUCAGAGACCGUCGAGCCACAGUGGCUCGAGACAAUCAGCGCACCAACCAGGUCACCUUCUUGUGCUCCACCAUUCUUAACUUUGAAGGUCUUCGGACCCGAUGCCCCGAUGCUCUCAGCAUGGAUGCAGCCCUGUUUGACCUGCUUAAACGCUGCCAGCAAACAUGCUCCUAUGCUGCCCAGUUUAGCAGCACAGUGUCUCCACUGGAGCUCCGGCUGCUCCACAGGCUGGGUCCUGUGGCAGACAUGCCAAUUGGCAGUCCGGACUGGCUGAACUGUUCUCAGAGACAGCUGGAGGAAGAGCUGAGUCUGGAACGGAGAACUCAGGAGGAUCGGGAGCAGCACCUGGAGGCCUGUGGAGAGACGCUGCAGCUGCUGGUCGACACCAUUAAAACAAUUCUCUCAAACCACAACCGCUUACUGGCUGAUGUCAAACACCUGCUGAGGGCCAUGUCAAAGGAUGAGGAGGCAGCGCUGGCAGAUGGUGAAGAGGUGGCAUACGAGGGCAGCGUACGUCAUUUCCUGUUUGAGUACAAAGCCUGGCAGGACAAUAUCCAGCUGGUCCUCUUCACGGUGGUCCAAACCAGCGGGCAGCAUCGCAACCAAGAGCAGCUUGAUCUGCUGGAGGAGAUCCCCGCUACCCUAAAGGAGCUGCACACACAGAGUCAGAGCGUUUACAAUGGUCUGGUGGGCUUUGCCUCCCCCCUGGUGACUGACAGAGACACGGAGUGUUCCAGCCCAGUUUCCACUGCUCAGGCCAGCUUUGCAGCAGCCGUGAGAUGCAGUGGGGUGAAGACCCAGCCGGACUCGAUGUCCCAGAAUGCACGCAAAGUGCUUCCACGUAACCUGGGAACCCCCACCGAUACCCCCCCGAGCACUUUGCUGAUGAACAGCAAAGGCCUGAACCCCAGUCCAAAGAGGGCUAUACGAGACCCCAAAACUGGACGAGCUGUCCAGGAGAGAAACUCGUAUGCUGUCAGUGUGUGGAAAAGAGUGAAAGCCAAGCUGGAGGGCAGAGACAUCGAUCCCAACAGGAGGAUGAGUGUCACUGAGCAGGUGGACUUUGUCAUCAAAGAGGCAACCAACAUGGACAACCUGGCCCAGCUGUACGAGGGCUGGACCGCUUGGGUGUGAGCUCUAUGCUGCUUCAUGUCUUUGGUCCAGAGAAGGCUUGGAGAUCCACCAGAGUCCUACGGGACUGGGGUGACGGAACAGCUGUACCGGGCCACCCGAGGGGGAGGAAGUGGGAGGCAGAUGCUUAGUCCGCCCUCCUAAACUCCUGGGCAUCCAAACUGGGGCAGCGACCUCGUAGCAUCGUUGCAUCCACACCCCCGCAACCACUGGCGACCAGGCUCACACGGUGCUUAGUGGGCCUGCAGAACCACUUUCCUUUCAGGGGUUUGGUGAGCAAAAACUGGUACCAGAAGGGGGAGGGGGGAAGGAGGGGUAAGGCCUCCUCACCCUCUACUGAAAUGCCUUCCCCCCUCACCUGCAUAUCUCACUAUUGUACCUAUAAACAUCCUACAGUGCCCAUCAGACAGCCACGUGAGGGCAGGCUGGAGCAGAAGUGGGCCAGUUCCCUCUGAAGCAUAUGUGGGGGGGACAUGAUCUGGGUCCAUUUCAGAUGGACAGAACAUCUCCACGGCCACUUUUUUUCUCUGAAAUAAUUUUCCUCAGUUGGUGAAUCUGAUUGGCUGGUGGAUGACCUGGUUUGGUAUGAAAACGGUUUGAACAGGAUUCUUUAGGCGCCACAAACACCCUGACCCCUGUGUCCUCUCUCCUGACCCCUGUGUCCUCUCUCC